UUUGCGCCAGUUUUGCGCAGUUUUCAGUAGUUUUGACGAGGAAAGAAUUUGUUGACAUUUUUUAAAAUUUCAUGUUCUGGUCGUUUUGAUGGCUAUUUUUUACGUUCUCAAAAGACAGAGAAGAUAAUAAGUAGAUUGGGUUUGGCAGUUACUCUGUUAUUAGUAUCGACACCGAGUACAGCAGACAUAUGACCGGUGUCUUGACCUUGACGUAACUUGAUGGUUGACAAAUCUUCCUGGAAGUUGAACUAUAUUUUUAAAAUCUGCAGUGUUUAUUUACUGCAUUGAGAGAUACGAAAACUUAUAAAAUGCCACAAGGAAGGAGAAAAGCCCCGUUCAGUGGGAAAGCAAAGAAGCAACAAAUGCAAGCUAAAAAACAACGCAAAAAUCCCGUUCUGCUCGCCGGAGGUUACAGCAGCAAGGACGGGGAACCUAGCGAGGAAAAGGAUGACCCUCAUUUUGAGCAUGGAAUUCAAAAAAUAAAUAAACAGCCAAGAGAUUCAAGGUCGGGCAAGAGUAGUAGAUAUGCUCUCCACUUUUUCCAAGAGACCCAAGAGGAAUUGCGCAAACGCAAGGAAGAAGCUUGUCAGACGAUUGAGAUGCUUCCGCUCGAAAAACAGGAAAUCUCCGACACGUACUUUCCACCAGGAAUCGACAUGCCCAAGAGACCUCCCUGGGAUUUCAGCAUGUCCAAGGAAGAACUCGAGGCGCGAGAGCAAAAGUACUUUAGGGAAUACUUGAGCAGUAUAAAAACAGAAAAUAUAAGCUACUUUGAGCUGAACUUGGAAACAUGGCGGCAGUUGUGGAGAGUUCUUGAAAUCUCGGAUGUGCUUCUAAUUAUUGUCGACAUCCGAUAUCCAGUCCUGAUGUUUCCACCCUAUCUUUAUCGAUACAUCGUCGACGACUUGGGGAAAGACAUGAUUCUUGUGCUGAACAAAAUUGACUUGGCACCGCCAGCCCUGGUCGUGGCCUGGCGGGAGUAUUUCAGGACGCAUUAUCCACAGCUGCACAUUCUGAUGUUUACCUCCUAUCCGAACUACAAUCUGCGCAGCAGUGCGAAUCUGGACGAGGGUUUGAAGAAAAGGCGGAGGAAGGGAAAGCUGAAAAUGGCCGCGGAAGGCGCGAAAAAGAUACUGGAAGCCUGCAGAGAGAUCGUUGGGGACUCGGUUGACUUGACUUCCUGGCAGGACAAAAUCCAGGAAGAGAUGCACUCGGAGUAUGAUUUGGAGGAUCUAGGACGGAAGGACAACAUUGCGGUUCAGGAAAAAGAUACGAGCUAUUUUGAGCAUGUCAAGUACAAGAAUGGUGUCUUGACGAUUGGAUGCGUCGGCACUCCGAAUGUCGGAAAAUCUUCUCUGAUGAAUGCACUAAUGGGCAAGAAAGUGGUGAGUGUUUCUCGUACUCCUGGCCACACGAAACAUUUCCAAACUAUUUUUCUCACGAAAACAGUCUGUCUGUGCGACUGUCCUGGAUUGGUGUUUCCAUCGGCAGUACCGAAGCCCUUUCAGAUACUAAUGGGCUCCUUUCCUAUUGCUCAAGUCAGAGAGCCGUACACGACUAUCAGAUUUCUAGCAGAAAGAGUCAAUUUACCUCAGCUAUUAAAGUUGCAACAUCAGGACAAUGAUGAGACGUGGUCGGCCAUGGACAUAUGCGAGAGUUGGGCCGCCAAGCGGCACUACAUGACUGCAAAAGCCGCACGACUCGACACUUACCGAGCAGCCAAUUCCCUUUUGAGAAUGGCAUUAGACGGAACAAUUUCUAUGUAUGCAUAUCCACCCGGAUGGUCUACUACCAAAGAAUCGUGGCAGAGUCACCCAGAUGUAGAUAUCGUCAGGUGGAUUCAAGCAAAAAGUGAGGCUGAAUACGAAGCCGCCGAAGAGGUAACCACCGACUCUUCUUCGGAAGACGAGGAAAGUGAAAAUCUCGAAUCGCCAUCUCAUCCUGAUAAAGAUAGUAGCGAUGACUCGCAAGACUCGACUGUAGGUGACAUCGAAAUUGAAGCAUCAUUGGCGCCCAAUAAGUUUACUGUUCUGUCCACUUCAACGUAAAUUGUAAACGAGAAAAAUGAACGUGGACGAGUCAAGUCAUUAUUAAAUAAUAAAUAGUAUACAUUUUAUUCUUUCAUAGUGAUAAUUUCUUUACAGUUUUGUAUCAGAGUGAUUAAUUUUUCUAAUAAACUAUUUAAACACUA